CCGCCGCCCCCACCCCGCCAUGGCCAACUCGGGCUUGCAACUGUUGGGCUUCGCGCUGGCCCUGCUGGGCUGGAUCGCCACCCUGGCCGCCACCAUCCUGCCCCAGUGGCAGAUGUCCUCCUACGCCGGGGACAACAUCAUCGUGGCCGUGGCCCUCUACCAGGGCCUCUGGAUGUCCUGCGCCUGGCAGAGCACCGGCCAGAUCCAGUGCAAGGUCUACGACUCCGUCCUCGCCCUCCCCGGCUCCCUGCAGGCCACCCGGGCUCUCAUGGUGGUCUCCAUCGUCCUGGGGGCCGUCGCCAUGGGGGUGGCCACCAUGGGCAUGAAGUGUACCCGCUGCGGAGGCGAAAACAAGGUGACAAAGUCCCGGAUCGCCAUGACGGGGGGCAUCAUCUUCCUCGUGGCAGGUCUGGCCUCUCUCAUUGCGUGCUCGUGGUACGGACACCAGAUUGUGUCGGACUUCUACAACCCCUUGGUGCCUGUCAAUACCAAGUACGAGUUUGGAUCUGCCAUUUUCGUUGGCUGGGCUGGUGCCGCCCUGGUCAUCUUGGGAGGCGCCCUCCUCUCCUGUUCCUGUCCUGGAAAAAACGGCUCUGCCUACGGCCGUCAGUACCCCCAGGCCAAGCCAAUCUCCAAGCCUCCCAGUAACAGAGAAUAUGUCUAAUCCUGGAGCAGCUGUGUGCGCCAGCCCUGCGGUCGGAUCACCCCCUCGCCCACCCCUGGGAUACCACAGACCUCCCCUGACCCCCCUCCUCCGUGUCUGGGGAGGUCUGGACUCUGCCGUGCCUUCGGCCCCGCCAGAGACAUUUUUAAUAGCCUUCGUUUGGCACCCAGUUUUUACCUGACGUCUUUUAAAUUGUCCGUGUAAUUUUUACCAAGUGUAAAUUUUUACCAGUGUAGUUUUUACCCGGGGAGAUGUACAGAGCAAAUCACUGCUCAGCAAUAUGUGUGGGGUCUGGGCCGAUUUGGUGGGGGUCUUAAUUUUAUCUGGGGAGGGGGGAUGUUCUGUGCUCUAGUGUGCUGUUCUCAGUUUAGGAUGCAUUCCUGUGCAAAAAAACUCCACCAACCCUGUAGAAUCGGUAUCAGAUUUGAAUAAUUUACUCAGGGGUAUGUGGAAUCAACGGCAGACAGGAUUAGCACAGGAUUAACGGAUCGAUUGCUUUUUAAAGGGUUUCAGUGGUUGCAGAUCUUGAGGGGUUAGGUAGAUUAGAGAAUGCGACAUUACCGAGUGGUGGGUGUGCCCUUUGACACCAGGAAGCUGAACCCCAAAGCCUGGAGAUCGAUCAAGCAUGGAGCGAGGGCCCCUUGAGUGUUUACAGAGCAACCCAUCACAGGGCAUUUAUUUUGGGGGAAACGCAUACAGUCCUAUUGUAGAAUCCAAAAACAUAACCCAUUUCCCCAUGGGGCAUUAACUCGGGAGGGGAGGGGACAGAUAGGAAUUGGGUAUCAAUGAAGUUCAUUUUUUGGGGGGGAUGUGUAUCAUUUGAGGGGAGCAGGAGAAGAGCUUAUAAACAGUUAAAUUUUCUGUGGCAUUAGAUCCCUAGUUUAAACCCCGAUGUUCAGGAUUCACACUGUCAGAAGAGAAGGGUGCGCACCACUUGAUUUGCAGAGGUUCUGGUGCAAAUCUUCCUCCAAUUGACCAUCUAAUUCAAAAAGAGAGGGUUGAUUUUUUUUAAGAAACAGACCAUCUUUGCUUCAUCUCUAAAUGCCGACCACAAACACUGACGCCUUUAACCUCCACCAAGGUGUGCUGACACCUUUCUCUGUUUUCAGACAUCAUCUGCUUUCCUGAACUUAUUCCCCCCCUGCAUUGUUUAGUGAAGGGGGGGUAGGAAAGGGUGAAUAUUUCCCCCCUGCUGGUAGAGCCGUCAAGAAGGGGCCCGCUCCUGGAGCAAAACCGUUCUUAUUUUAAAGCGCUGUGACUCAUUAGGGCCGUUUGCGUGUUGUGUUUUUAUCGUCUAUUUGUGAUGCUGGGAACUGAUAUUUUUUUUGUACAUAAUAAAUAGACGUUUUUUGAGA